AUGACCAUGACAGGUGUUCUUGUGCUCCUCUCCUUUGCGCUUUGCUGCUUCCCAGAUGCUGCCUUUGGGGUUGAGGUGGACUGCAGUACGUAUCCCAACACUACAAAUGAGGAAGGCAAAGAGGUGUUGCUCUGCACCAAAGAUCUCAACCCUAUCUGUGGUACCGAUGGAGUCACCUACAGCAAUGAGUGCCUGCUCUGUGCCUACAACAUAGAAUAUGGAACCAGUAUCGGCAAAGACCACGAUGGAGAAUGCAAGGAAGUUGUCCCUGUGGACUGCAGUAGAUAUCCCAACAUAACAAAUGAGGAAGGCAAAGUGGUGUUGCUCUGCACCAAAGACCUCAGCCCUGUCUGUGGGACCGAUGGGGUCACCUACGACAACGAGUGCCUGCUCUGUUCCCGUAACGUAGAGUCUGGAACCAGUGUUGGCAAGAAGUACGACGGUGAAUGUAGUAGGAGGGAAACUGUUACAGUUGACUGCAGUGACUACCCUAAACCUGUCUGCACACUUGAGUACAAGCCUCUCUGUGGCUCUGACAGCAAAACAUACGGCAAUAAGUGUGAAUUCUGCAACGCAGUCGUGGACAGCAAUGGGACUCUCACUUUAAGCCAUUUUGGAAAAUGCUGAAUAUCAGGGCUGAGAGAGUUCACUACAGGAUCCCCACUGGCAAAUCCUAGCUAAAGAUCUCACCUCAGUUCAUCUCACCCUCUGGGGAACUCAGCUCAUUCCUAAUUUUCUUUCUCAAUAAACUACAUCAGCAACA